AUUGAUAAGUUUUUGUCGUUGGCCCAUGUGCGUUACAUCCAGGAGCAUCUGCACAAAUUUUUGCUCUCUUAUAUUUCUUUAUUAGCAGAAAAAGCAAGUCUAAGUCAAGUCAAGAAGCACCUUCCGCGUUAUGCUGCUAGUUCUCCUUUCCGAUCACCAUCCGUCGCAGCAGUUCGAUUUAGCGUGAAGAGUCUUGAAUCGUUGGACGGCAAGAGCGAAGCAUCGUUCAAGCACGCCGAACAGAGUGUUUUGUGAAUCUCUGGAGAUCACAGCAGUGGGUGGAUUGUGUUGUCUGAGCAUUCCUCAGGUGAAUUUUGAACGCGGAGCCAAGAAGAUCCGAUAUGGUGGGCGUCUUCCUCAAUUUCUUUUACUGGCUUUGUAGCAUCUGCUCCACCAAUUCUCUCGAGAUGGAAAGAGAAGAACCCACUCCUUCAGCAGAAGAUCCGACUUACAGGGCGUCUUCCUCGUCGGCCUCUCCUAGUGCAGGUGACUAUGAAGGCGGAGCCAAAAAGCCGAAAGGAGAUAAUUACGAAGUGUUCUUGAGCUUUAGAGGGGAAGACACCCGCAAAGGCUUCACCGAUCAUCUCUAUACGAGCCUUGUCAACGCAGGAAUUCGCGUGUUCAGAGACGACAAUGAGCUCCGCGUUGGCGAGGAGAUUGGUCCGGAGCUUCUCUGCAGUAUUACGCAGUCCAAGAUCUCGAUCCCGAUUUUCUCGGAGAACUACACUUCUAGCAAAUGGUGCCUUCGCGAGCUAACUCACAUGUUGAAGUGCAAGGAAACCAACGGGCAAUUAGUGUGGCCCAUAUUUUACAAAGUGGCACCCUCACAAGUGCGGCAUCUUACAGGGAGAUUGGGAAAGUCUAUCAAUGCACGUGGAGAGAAAUUGGACGAAAUGGUUGUGAAGGAAUGGGAGAAAGCACUCAAAGAAGUCGGCUCCUUGAAAGGAUGGGAAUCCGAGAAAAUUAAUAAUGGGUACGUUAUUCUCCACUAA